UGGGUUUGGGGCUUGGCACAGAAGAAGCUGCCAGGCUGAGGCUCCAGGUGCUGCUCUUUGGCAGCUGCUGCUGAGAGACCUGCACAGAGAGGGGCAAGGACUUCCUGAGGGGAAGCCAGCCCUGCCACCAAGAGGUGACAGCGAGGGGAAAGGGGCAGCUGGCACAAAAACCCCUCUGUCAACCGAGUCUGCCACCAUGGCCCGGCCAUGGCUCCAUCUCUGCAUCUGCCUCCAGAUCCCAGGUUUUUAUACAACUCUGCUAUUAGCCCAAACUCCAGGGCAUAUUCUAACCCAAACCAGCAAUAAAACUGAAAUCCUGUGUGACCUGAAGAAGGAGAACACCGGGGUCUACUGGUACCGCUGGAGCCAGGAGAGGCAACAAUUCCAGUUCUUGUUGUUCUCCAACACAAUGGGCAAAGCCACCUAUGGCCCCGAGGUGAGGCAGGACAAGUUCAGUGCCCAUGAGGCGAGGUCCCAGAGCUCCUACAGCCUGCACAUCAGCCACCUGCAGCCCUCAGACAGCGGCAUCUACUACUGCUCCACGUCCCAGGCCUCCCAGCUGCUCGUGGGCACUGGCACACAGCUCACAGUGGUUGAUGUUUUGCCUCCAAAGACCACGCAGACACCAGUGUCCAAAAAGCCUCUGCCACGCACAACCAAAAGGAAAGCUGCCAGCAAGGCAGGUCCCUGCAGUCCCCUGGUCUGGAUCCCUCUGGCUGCUGCUGUCCUGCUGCUGCUGCUGAGCCUGAUGCCCACCGCCUACCGCCUGCACCGUCUGCGGCGGAGGCUGCGGCUUCGCAUCCACAGGCAGUAAUUCCCAGUAAAUCCCAGUAAUUCCCAGUAAUUCCCAGCAAAUCCCACUGCCUUCCCUGCCCCAGACAGGCAGGGAGGAGCCACAGACCCUCCCCUGCAGGAGCCUGGACAUGACCAGGAAAGGACCUGGCAGGGGACAGAUGUGGGCUUGUACCACAAAACAAACAUUUCUUUCCUGCAUGACUUCAACAUUCUCCUGGACACAACCCUGGCAAAAGGACCAGGCUGGAUUCUGCAGCAUCCUGAGCACUUCCCAAAGGUCACUGAGCAGGGCAAAAACCACGGCUGGCUCUGCACAGGGGGAAAGGGGCUGGCACCAAAGUGUCGCCACAUUUCUCUUCACAGAGAAAA